UCGACGAGGACGUCCCCUUUAACUUAACGACAUGGGGGGAACUAACAAAUCAGAAUGAGUUGGCAGAGGACCAACCAAUAAACACCAAGAGAGGAUACCGGUUUGGCUUGUAAGCGCGAAGAUAUAAGCGAAGCUGCGAGUUUUGCCGCGGAGAUCUGCUGAAACCGGUUGAACGUAACAAUGCCUGCAACUUCUGAAAUACACACCCAAGUACAGCAGAAUAAUCCAGCCCGCGAGAAGGAAGAAAAGUCGGCGGUGGCGGAGCAUGAGUUUGGUAUUUUGUGCAAUGAGCGCGGAUAUCUUAAUCUGAUCAAGCACAUCUUGCAGAACGGCCAAAAGAAAGGAGACCGAACCGGGACAGGAGUAAAAUCUGUGUUUGGUGCCCAAGUCAGAUACAGUCUGCGAGACCAGUUUCCCUUGCUGACAACAAAGAGAGUAUUCUGGAAAGGGAUCCUAGAAGAACUGCUAUGGUUCAUCAAGGGAUCAACAAAUGCUAAAGAGCUGUCAGAGAAAGGUGUGAAGAUUUGGGAUGCUAAUGGGUCCCGCACCUUCCUGGACAACCUCGGCUUCACAGACAGAGAGGAGGGUGACCUUGGACCAGUUUAUGGUUUCCAGUGGAGGCACUUUGGUGCAGACUACAAAAACAUGCAUACAGACUACACAGGACAAGGUAUUGACCAGCUGCAGAACGUCAUUGACACCAUCAAGAAGAAUCCUGAAGACCGGCGGAUCAUCAUGUGUGCUUGGAAUCCCAAAGACCUUCCCCUCAUGGCUCUGCCACCCUGCCACGCCCUCUGUCAGUUCUACGUGUGCGACGGCGAGCUGUCCUGUCAACUGUACCAACGCUCGGCUGAUAUGGGCCUGGGGGUGCCUUUCAACAUCGCCAGCUAUGCACUUCUCACCUACAUGAUCGCACAUAUUACAGGACUGAAGCCUGGUGACUUUGUUCACACUUUGGGAGACGCUCAUGUCUACAUCAACCAUAUUGAACCGCUAAAAGAGCAGCUUCAGAGGGAGAUCCGACCCUUCCCCAAACUCAAGAUCCACAGAAAAGUGGAAAACAUUGAUGACUUCCGUGCAGAGGACUUUGAGAUCUACGACUAUAACCCACAUCCCUCCAUCAAGAUGCAGAUGGCUGUGUGAAACCUCAAAUUACAAGAUUAAGAUAAAUCCCAGCUCAUUCUCCUCUGUAGGCUGUCGUUUCUGCUUCAGUUGCACAUAUUUCUAAGUUCAGUUAAUGUCAGUCACAAAGUAAUGUCUUGUGAUGCCUGAUUUGAGUGUAAAGUCUUUUUUAAAAUCUUCAUUUGUUCUAAAAUGUUUUUGUUAUGUUACUGCAAAUCUUAUUCUGUAAAUAAAAAUGUUACAGUUUCAACUUCAAUUGCCCCCCACC